AUUUUGAAAUACAAAUACAGGUCUUCUGAGAAGAUAUGGUUGAAAGAAGGACGAAAUUAUCCCGACCCACAGAGUAUACAAGGCCUUAUGGAAUUAGCGCUGCUGAAACUCAAGUCCUUGAACUAUCCUAAUUUCACUUUGUCUAGUCGCACAGAUGGAGGAGUCCAUGCACUAAACUGUAGUGCUCACUUUGAUCUAGAGAGAUAUGGUGCAAAUAUAUAUGAACCUAAUAAUAUUACAUACCAACUGAAUAAGUUUUUCUAUAAGAAUAACUUCGCCAUUUAUGUCAAGAAUUGUUUGAGAGUAUCGGAUGACUUCAAUUCUCGACGAAAAGCAACAUCUAGGACAUAUUUGUAUAGGUUGGCAGUUCUAAAAAAGGACAUUACUUUACCUGAAAAUGUUAGCAUUGCCUCAUAUAUACCAGUCGAAGAAUGGAGAAGAUGUUACUUCUUGAGGAUACCAGAAUUCGAUAUAGAAAAAUUUAAAGAGGGUGCCAAAUAUUUCCCUGGUUACCAUGACUUCACAACUUUCAAGAGGUUUAACAAAAUGGAACAGCACAAGCAGAACCGUCGCACACUGUACUCAGUGGAUGUGAAACCCGGUCGACCAACAGUCACAAAUUACACACACUCCCAAGAGAGUGUAUUUGAUUAUUGGGAUAUUGAAAUAAAGGGCAGAUCGUUUGUUCAUAAUCAGAUAAGGCGAAUGAUAGGCACACUCAUCAGCGUCGCCAUAGGAAAGUUACCAGUUGAAGAGAUAAAAAUUAUGCUGCAAAUACCAUCGAAACAUUCAUGGUACCCAUUCAUACAAAACUGUCCACCCGACGGCCUCUACUUAUGCAAUGUAGAAUAUAACCCUGAUGAUUUGAUAUACAGAUCCACAGAGACAUCAAAACAUUUAGAAGAAACUGAAGAUAGUGACAGUGAGUGA